CAAUCCCAAAAGGCUGAAGAAAAUCUAAAGCAAUCGCGAGAACCCUAGUUUCGAAACUCUCGCUAGACAAAAGAGUUUUUUUAUUGGUGUAUAAUUGAAACUAGUGAACAUGAGGAACUUCAUUCAAAUCGCAUAAUAUGAAAUUCUUUUCUCGUUUAACUGAUCAAUAUAUCCGGUUUUGUCCGAAAUUAAGGUAUUAACUGGGUUUAUUUAAGGCUUGAUACGAACUCUUUUCCAGUCGAUUUGAUGACCGAUACUAUUUGUAUCCGAUUGAAUUUGAACCUGAUUAGAGGAAACGGGUGUGACAACCAUGAUUAUUACAACCAACCAUAACAAGAAGAUGCUUUAAUAUUUUUGUUGCGUAUUGUCUCAAGCGGCAAAAAGCUUGUGUCUCCAUAGUGGGCCGGCUCAGUUGAGACAAGGCCCAGAAAACAUUGGAAGGUUCAGCCCGUCAGUAAAUGUAGGAAACCCUAGGUUUUGCCUUGCAUAUAACCCCUAGCUUCGUCGAUUCAUCCCGCUGCGUCUCCAAUUUUCUGCCGUCUGUGCUUCCUGGUGUUCAAUUCCGUGCUAUCUGCUCUCCAUCUCGCGACCAUGGCGGCUGCUAAUCCUGCUCCUCCUCGCGCCCUCUCGGCUAAGGAGCUGGACAUUCAGAUGAUGUUGGCCGCCGAGGUCCAUCUCGGAACCAAGAACUGUGAUUUCCAGAUGGAGCGAUACGUCUUCAAGCGUCGCAAUGAUGGUAUUUACAUCAUCAAUCUUGGCAAGACAUGGGAGAAGCUGCAUAUGGCUGCUAGGGUUAUUGUAGGCAUUGAGAACCCUCAGGACAUCAUUGUCCAAUCUGCUAGGCCUUAUGGUCAGAGAGCCGUCCUGAAGUUUGCUCAGUACACUGGAGCUCAUGCCAUUGCUGGUAGGCAUACCCCUGGUACCUUCACUAACCAGAUGCAGACCUCUUUCAACGAGCCUCGUCUCUUGAUCCUUACUGACCCGAGGACAGAUCAUCAGCCCAUUAAGGAAGCAGCUCUUGGAAACAUUCCUACCAUUGCCUUCUGUGACACUGACUCCCCCAUGAGAUACGUUGAUAUUGGCAUUCCUGCCAACAACAAGGGAAAGCACAGCAUUGGAUGCUUGUUCUGGAUUUUGGCACGUAUGGUUUUGCAGAUGCGUGGUACUAUUCCCCAAGGCCACAAGUGGGAUAUCAUGGUUGACCUAUUCUUCUACAGAGAACCUGAAGAAGCCAAGCCACAGGAAGAGGAAGAAGUUGCUGCUGCUGCAGAGUAUGGGAUCACUGCUCCUGAUUACCAACCUUUGACUGACUGGAGUACACCUGGGGAUGUUCAGUGGGCCGCUGAUGCAGCUCAGCCUCCUAUUGCUGGUGUUCCAGCACCUUACUUUCCCGAUCAAGCUGCUGCACCCAUAGGCGGCGACUGGGAAACUGUACCAGCCGUUCCUUCUCCGUUUCCAGCUGCCACCGAAUCUGCAGCCACAGGAUGGGAGUAAAGCUGUUCUUUCCCGUUGGAAUCUGUAGCUGUGAUUCACAUGUUCUAUUACUCCAAAUAUCAGCGUUUUAAAGCUCCCAGUUCUAGGCAUGAAUGUUUUGUUUGCAGUUAUUUUUUUUUGGUUUGGUCUCAGUAAUGAUAGUGUAGAAACCAAUUUGCGGGGAGCGUUUUUUUGACAAUGAAGUAAGGUUUUGGUG